AUGGCAGGCGCGUCCCCACUGGCACGGCAGGAGCGACGCGUUCUAAAUAUCUUCUACUUCAAAUCAAACGCAAACCACUUCAAUCUCUCAAGCUCAGCACUCUUCUCCUGGCUUUUCAGAGGCAAGGAAGACAGUCCGAGGGUCCCUGAAGCAGUCUGGUCCUUGAAUCAUCUUCCCAACUCAGUCAUGUUAGAAGCACGUCUCGAGCAGUCUGACGCCUUGAAGAAGGUAGUCGAUGCCAUCAAAGAUCUGGUCCAGGACUGCAACUUCGACUGCAAUGACUCCGGCAUUGCCCUCCAGGCUAUGGACAACUCCCACGUCGCGCUCGUUUCUAUGAUGCUUAAGGCUGAGAUGUUCACACCCUUCCGCUGCGAUCGCAACAUCGCUCUCGGCAUCAACUUGGCUCCCUCACAAAAGUGCUCCGCGCAGCUCAAAGCAACGAUAUCCUCACACUCAAGGCCGAAGACGCCCCAGAUCGAGUACGACAUCAAAUUGAUGGACAUCGAUCAAGAGCACUUGGGUAUCCCAGACACUGAAUAUGCGGCGACCAUCGAGAUGCCCAGUGCCGAAUUUCAGAAAAUCUGCAGAGACCUGAUCGCCAUGUCCGAGUCUGUCAGCGUCGAAGCCAGCAAAGAGGGCGUCCGCUUUUCCUGCCAGGGCGACAUCGGUAGCGGUGCCGUCACACUGCGAUCUCACACCAACGUCGAGAAGCCCGACAACGACGUCACCAUUCAGCUGUCCGAGCCCGUGAACCUUACCUUUUCUCUCAAGUAUCUUGUCAAUUUCUGCAAGGCUAGUGGUCUUGCCAGUAGAGUCAAGUUGUGCUUGUCGCAAGAGGUUCCAUUGCUGGUUGAAUACGGUCUUGCUGGUACUAGCUACUUGCGCUUCUACCUUGCCCCAAAGAUCGGCGAAGAUGAGUGA